AAAUGUGCUCGUGUGGAUCAUUGUAGUUUACGAAGUAGCAAAGGAGGUUACAGUUCUAGUAUAAUUCUAGUAGGUACAGCUCUAGAUUGCCAAAAUGGGUGUUAUUCUUCACUUCACUGCUAAAGAGUAUGAAAAGAACUGGCCACAAAUAAUAGCCAUUGUUAUAGGUGGUUUAGCAGGCUUAUCAAAUGGACUCUUGUUCUCAUGGUCAUCACCGUUUCUGCUUAAAAUAACACAAGACAAAGUCAACUAUGAUAUUACGGAGCAAGAAGGGUCAUUCUUCAAUACUAUCCAACCAAUUGCAUUGAUAAUCACUUGUCCUAUCUUCUCGAAACUAUCAGACGUUAUUGGCAGGAAGAGGACCUUAAUGCUGAUUGUCAUUCCUCAAAUAGGUAGUUGGUUAUGUGCAGCUUUAGGGCGAUCUGUUUAUAUGUUCUACCUGUCAAGGAUUUUUUCUGGUAUGGCAGAUGGUUGCCUUUUUGCCACGCUGCCAACUUACAUUGGAGAAGUAGCUAACCCGACAGUUAGAGGAAUAUGGGGAAAUGCUGUAGCUAUGUCUCUAUAUCUAGGCGAGUUCUUGAUCAACGUAUUGGGAAGUUACUUGGGAGUUACAACAACGUCUUGGGUAUGUUUACCAAUAUCUGUUUUAUUCUUCGUCCUGUUCUGGUUCAUGCCAGAGUCACCUUACUAUCACAUUAUGAAAGGCAACGAACAGGAAGCUAAGAAUUCUUUAAGGUUUCUUAAGAGGAUUAAGAAUAUUGAUGAGAUCUUUAACAAUUGUAAAUUUGCUGUUGAGAGGCAAUUGUCGGAAUCAGGUACUUGGGGUGACCUUUUUAAGAUAAAAAGCAACAGAAAGGCUUUAAUUGCUGGUGUAUUUUUACGAUUUAGUCAGCAAAUGGCUGGUAUGUCAGUAUUCCUGACUUAUACUCAGUUUAUCUUCCAAAAAUCCGGUAACAACAUGAGUCACGAAGAAGCUUCUAUAGUCUUUAUGGGCCUAGUGGUAACAUUGAACCUGUUUGCUGUAAUCUUUGUAGUGAAAAGAUUCGGAAGAAUAUUCUGUUACACAGUCUCUAUGGUCACCACCAGCGGAGUUCUUUACGCGAUGGCUGCUUAUUUUUAUCUAGAUGGAAACACAAACAUCGAUGUCUCUUACGUAACAUGGAUCCCUGUGGCUUGCAUGAUGUCCUAUCUCUUAUUUGCAUCAAUCGGCAUUUCAGUUAUUCCCACACUAAUGCUUGGCGAAUUGUAUUCUGCUAGCAUCAAAUCCAAAGCUAUGACUGUAUUGAUAAUAAUUUUUGGAAUGGGAAACUUCUUAACUACAACCAUAUUCUAUCACCUUAAUACACUUCUUGGUUUGUAUGCUCCAUUCCUCUUGUUUGCUGUAUCUAACACUGUCUGUGCUAUUUUGUCACGGUACGUUAUACCCGAGACGAAGGGUAAAACAUUAGAAGAAAUUCAACAAAUUCUAAAAGGAGAUAUGAAAAAUUAAACAUCGUUGCAGUUUCUUCCGAUAUUGAAGAUUAAUAUAGCAAAGAAAUUGAAAUGGAUACGAUGGACUAAAGAAGAGGGUACUUAUCACUCAUGACAAUAUUUUAUAAUUACUUUGUAAUGUUGGUACUUUUUAUUACUAAAAAAAUAAAUUAUUUUUACAAUA